GGCGCGCGGUCCGUCGCGGUCUCCGUGUCUCUCCGUCAGCUCUGUCUCGCGGUGGAUUUAUACCUGAAGCGGCUCGCGGCUGAGGAGGAUUUUCCCGCCGGUUUGGUCCCGAUUCUUUUGGAAAUAAGCGAAGCUGUUGUGGAUUAACGGAGUGUUCGGUCUGCACGGAGACGGAUCGGAGUCCGGACCCCGUCUGUCUUCUGUCUCUGCGGAGAUGUGGACACAGGAAGAUUCUUAGACCGAGGACUAAAUCAGGACUGGGACGAGACUCGGAGUCUGGACUUGUUCUUCCUCUCUGCCUGGAUUUCUCGCUCACUGAUUGGCUGUCCCGUGGAGCUGCAUGUGAUUGGAUGAUCCUGGAUUUUAGGUCGUCUGAGGGGGUCCACCCCCGCCUCCUGACUUCCUCUCCACUUCCUGUCCUUUCAGUGCAGAGCAGCUGCAGCCUUCACCUGUCUGCAGCACAGUUUUACCCUCCGACGCCCACCAUGACCUGCUGACAUCACCCCCCUCCCGUCUCUCCGACAGAAUGGCCCCGACUGAUUGGCGGUCACCGUGGCAGCGGCCGCCACUGAUGCUGCUGCUCAUCCAAACUUUCCGUUUCCUGUCUGAGUCGGCGUCGACCACGCCCUUCCCCAAAGACCUGGAGCCAGUGAGCGUGGUCAGCUCGGAGCAGUCGUACCAGUAUCCGGGUUUUCAGGGUUUGCUUCAGGACAACGACACACUGCGUCUGGGCCUGGACUUCCAGAGGAUGUUACGCAUCAACCACAUGUUGUACAUCGCUGCCAGAGAUCACGUGUUCGCCGUGAACCUGACGACGGCUUCAGAACAGUUCGUUCCUCAGCUGAAACUCACCUGGAAGUCCAGAGACGUCAGCAAGUGCACGGUCAGAGGGAAGAACAGCGACGAGUGUUACAACUACGUCAAAGUCCUGGUGCCCAGAAACGACGAGACGCUUUUCGCCUGCGGUACCAACGCUUUCAACCCCACCUGCCGGAACUACAAGAUGACCUCCUUGGAGCAGGUUGGGGAGGAGGUGGUGGGCCAGGCUCGUUGUCCCUUUGAGUCCGGUCAGUCCAACGUUGGACUGUUUGCUGGGGGAGAUUUCUACUCGGCCACCAUGACGGACUUCCUGGCCAGCGACGCCGUCAUCUACAGAAGCCUGGGAGACGGCCGACCCGUCCUCCGGACCGUCAAGUACGACUCCAAGUGGCUCCGAGAGCCUCACUUCCUGCACGCCAUCGACUACGGUAACUACGUCUACUUUUUCCUCAGUGAGAUCGCAGUGGAGUACACCGCCCUGGGCAAGUCGGUGUUUUCUCGGGUCGCUCGGGUGUGUAAGAACGAUAACGGUGGAUCUCCCCGAGUCCUGGAGAGAUACUGGACUUCUUUCCUCAAGGUGACUUCAAACCACUUUGAACCUGAGUGA